CACAUUGAUUAUCAUCACUUUAAUCGAUUAUUUGGUGGUGAUGGUAACAUGUUCCACAGCAUCUACUAAGAAAUGUCAAGAUAUACUAAGAAAAUAUUCGCCACUCAAAAAGGCAUUAGUUUUGCCCUAUCUGAGUGAAUAUUCAUUCGAAUGUUAUGCUUGCCUUUUCGAUGAUAAACUUUUGGAUUCCAUAUGGAAAUUUAUUCCAGUCGAUGAAAGUAGAUUAUACAAUAUUCGGCGAUUUAAAAAUGAUAAUGAAAAAGUGGUGCAAAUAAUGCGAUCUGGUAAGCUCGUUCAACGAAAAUUACAAAAAAGUGGCACAUAUUAUUGCGUGUAUCAAUCGAAAAUUUUGGCUAUUUAUCGGGUGACAAUAUUGCAUGAUUUUGAAAGAAAAACAUUCAUACAUAUGGUGGAUAAACACAAGCCUAUUGAAACGUUUGUAAAAGAAUAUUCCAUCGUCCACGAAGAAGGACCAACAUUACAAAUAUUUUUCCAUUUAUUAUACGAAACGCAAUGUAAUCGAAAUCGUUAUCAUUCACUUGGGCAAAAAGUAUUUAUUUGUGUGGUAAAAAUGGCAGAUGUUUCGAAUCAAACUUUCUUGACGAUUAACAAUGAUGAAUCGCAAUUAAUUCAUAAACUAAGGGAAUUUUCAGAAAUUCCAUGUGCCGACCCAUUGAUCGAUCGACUCGUUUGGAAAAGUUUUCGGAAACAAUUUCUAUCGAAUGUUCGGAUUGUCAUCUCAUAUGGAAUAUGUCGAAAUACGAGUGCGAUUCGUUUUCGUAAAUCAGAAUCAAAAAUGAUACCAUUCAUGCAUAUGAAAGCAAUGUUUCAAUCGACCGAACAUUUUAAACGAAAAAUUCACGAAUAUACAGUCAUUUCCUGUUUCAGAUUUCAAUCAUCGGAUAUACGUAAAAUUGUACCGAUAAGGUGGAAUAAAAUUAAAUUCGAUUAUGACAUCGAAGAAAUGUAUCGACAUGGACCAAAACCAUCGAAAGAAUUAUCACAGUGGAUAUCACCAUUAUACAUCAAACGUUCCUCGAAUGGUCGAAUGGUAAUUGAUUGGUUGGGCAAUAUUCAUGUCAAAUCGCUUGAAAAAUUCGAUCUAAAUUUUAUUUAUCGAUGCCAUAAUGAUACGACAAGUGAAUCGAAAAAAUUGGCCGCAAUACGUAUCAUACGUAAACAUUGGCAAUUGCCUUCAAUAUCCGAAUUAUUCGGUCUGAGUUUUUCCACUUUCAACAUUAUUUUAUUCACAUUAUUCUUGUUGAUAUUUUUUUUCACAUUGAUCGUUAUGAAUCGAACGAUUGUAAUUGACCGAAAAAUUUAUUAGAAGAAAUGCGACAUCAACCAUUUAAUUUGGAUCAUAAAUCUCAAUUUCAUUUCAAUCAUCGUAUCGAUUAAAUUUGCUGACCAAUAUCGUGUUCAGGGUGGAAUGAAUCAAAAUGAAAGCCGGAUCAAUAAUGGAAAAACAAAAAUCAAUCAAUUCAUAAUA